AUGCAACUGAAAUGUGAGUCUUAUGUUUACCUACUACUAUUAGCUUUUGUAAUAGAAUCAAAAGUCACAAUUGCUCCCGGUACCUUAACAAAAGCAGAGUUUACUUCAACUGUAACAGCAAAUGGCUAUUCACCUCCAAAUGAAGAGAUUUAUCGAUACUUCAUAGAAGACACAAGAAACUUUUCACGAGGAGACGCAGCUAUGUUAAUUGCACAACUUAUCCACGAAAGCGGCGGUUUCAAGUUUACUGAACAAAUUGAUUGUUCAAAAGGUGAUCACUGUAAAGGCUGGUAUGUCGACGAAGUUGGCCUGCUAAAUAAGAGCUAUCACGGUCGAGGCUACAUCCAAUUAACCUGGGGAGCCAACUACAGGGCGGCCUCGGAAGGCCUGGGACUUGGUGACAAGCUGUUGCGCGCACCAGAACUGGUAGCUUCUGACAAGAGGCUUGCGAUGCGAGUAAGUGUAUGGUAUUGGAAUGCCAGAGUGAAGCCAUUGCUCGACGCUAGGAAGAAUCAAUUUGGUGUCACUACUAGGGGUAUCAACCCUGGUGAAUGCGUUAAGGGUAACCUGCUUGCGCGAAGAAGGUAUCUCAUCUAUUUGAAAGUGGCUGAAACCCUCAAGAUUGCAGAGAAAGUUGAAGAAAGUGGAUGCUACGAUUGACGUGUGCUAUAGCGGUACGGCAGUGUGAUAUAAUGCUCACGCUAUCAAGCAGUGACAAUUCCAACGAUUCAAAUCAUUUCCGAAGACUAAAUCCGUUUUGCAGUAACUGUUUUGUGCAUGUACGACUGUAUUUUUCAGUUAUUUCAUUUUCUCUUUUGCCAAUAUGUUUAAGCUAUCCAAACAUUUCUAAAUAUGUAAUAUUAAUUCACCGAUACCGUAAUUCAAAUUAUUAAGCGAUACCCCAAUGACAAAUUAAAAAUAAAUAAUUAUUG